GUGAUGCCUAAGCAGGUAGAGGUCAGGAUGCAUGAGAGUCAGCUGGAGCCCAUGGACACGCCCGCCAAGCCCAUGUGUGGCGGAAUCUGCCAGAAGAUGUGCAAGAACCUGCUGCUCACCCUCACCGUGCUGGGUAAGUAUGCUGUGCCUGUCUCUCGUGUGGUUGGGGCGGUGCUUGGGAUGCUCUUGCGCUACGCCUCACCCAUCCCUCCUGAUGUCAUCAUGGUCAUCGCCUUCCCUGGAGACAUCCUGAUGAGGAUGCUGAAGAUGCUGAUUCUGCCCCUCAUCAUCUCCAGUCUGAUCACAGGAUUGGCGGGUUUAGACGCCAAAUCGAGCGGUCGCCUGGGAACCCGCGCCAUGGUGUACUACAUGACCACCACCAUCAUCGCGGCCGUCCUGGGCGUCAUCCUGGUGCUGCUCAUUCACCCCGGAAACCCCAAACUGAAGGAGAAACUGGGGGAGGGCGCCAAGAACGACGAGGUGUCCAGCCUGGACGCGUUCUUCGAUCUGAUCAGGAACCUCUUCCCCGAAAACCUGGUGCAGGCCUGCUUCCAGCAGAUCCAGACCGUCACCAAGAAGGUGGAGCUCAUUCCUGAGCCGGAGGACGUGAACUCCACCACCGUGGAGGACCUCCUCAACGCUACCAUGGCAACGCCAGAGCCGCAAUACGUCAUCAAGAAGUCCCUGCAGUUCAAGGGCGGGAUGAACGUGCUCGGCCUCAUCGGCUUCUUCAUCGCAUUUGGCAUCUGCAUGGGCAAGAUGGGCGAGAAGGCCAAGCUGAUGCUGGAGUUCUUCAACAUCCUGAAUGAGAUCGUCAUGCGCCUGGUCAUCAUGAUCAUGUGGUACUCCCCGUUCGGUAUCGCCUGCCUGAUUUGCGGGAAGAUCGUCUCCAUCAAGGACCUGGAGACGGUUGCCCGGCAACUGGGGAUGUACAUGGUGACGGUCAUUGUUGGCCUCAUCAUCCACGGAGUCAUCUUCCUGCCGAGCAUCUACUUCGCCAUCGUCCGGAAGAACCCCUUCACCUUCUUCAUGGGCAUCUUCCAGGCCUGGAUCACUGCCCUGGGAACCGCCUCCAGUGCCGGGACCCUGCCCGUGACGUUCCGCUGUUUGGAGGAGAACCUGGGCAUCGAUAAGCGUGUGACACGUUUCGUGCUGCCCGUGGGCGCCACCAUCAACAUGGACGGCACUGCGCUGUACGAAGCCGUGGCGGCCAUCUUUAUCGCCCAGAUGAACGGCAUAUACCUGGAUGCCGGGCAGAUAGUCACGGUCAGUCUGACGGCGACUCUGGCCAGUAUAGGAGCAGCCAGCAUCCCCAGCGCUGGCCUGGUGACCAUGCUGCUCAUCCUCACCGCCGUGGGGCUGCCUACCCAGGACAUCAGCCUGCUGGUGGCUGUGGACUGGCUACUGGACCGGUUCCGGACCUCGGUGAACGUGGUGGGGGACUCGUACGGCGCGGGGAUCGUGUACCACCUGUCCAAGGCGGAGCUGGAUGCGCUGGACGCCCUGCAUGGGCGCUCGGACGACAUCGAGAUGACCAAGACGCAGUCCUACUACGACGAGCUGAAGAACCACCACGACAACAACCAGUGCGUGCGCGCCGCUCACAACUCCGUGGUUGUAGAUGAGUGCAAGGUAACCGCCCAGGGUACCAAUGGCACGACUGCGGAGUACGCGCUUGUUGAGGAGGAACCAUGGAAACGCGAGUAACACGGCACAGAGAUCCCCCCCCCCCGCGCCCCCCCCCCCCUUCCGCCCCGCCUUAUGUCCUUAACCCCUGCCCCCCACCCCACCCUACCCUACCCCAGCCUACUCCACCCACCCUCAAGAUCCCCACACGCUUUUCCACCUGGUGAAAAAAAACAGAAAGAGCAUCAAAAAAAAAAAACAUGCAAACAGACAGAACUAACGGGCGCUCUCGUAGUUUAGUGUUUUAUAACUCUGUUAACGAACGUCUGAACUGACCGGCUCUGUCCUAGAGAGGCGAGUGGCACUAAUACACUAACCUUCCGCCUGUACCAGGAUUAACACCACGUUUCCUAGCAACCAUUUGCACAACCUCAAGGCUCAGAAGGGUGGAGAGAGAGAGAGAGAGAGAGAAAAAGUGAGAGAGUGAGUGAGUGAGAGAGCGAGGGAGAGAGAAAUUAGCAGUAAAUUUAAUCAUAAAUAUAAAUAUACCAGCAGCCACUGGGGGCUCUGCUUUCAUAAGCAGGUGGGGCAGGGCGUGGCGUGAAUCCUCAGGUGAGGUCACAUCGGGAGCGGACUGUGGGGACGCCUGCCCGCCCAACAGCCCUUAGGGGGAAGCUGCUCUGUAACCCCUCACCUUUGACCUUUGACCUCCCUCUGCAUCCCUGAGGGGCUUCCCUUGACCUCCCCCCCCCCGCCCACCACCACCACAAUCCCACGCGCUUCCCAGAAUGCAAAGUGUGAUGAGGCCCCCCUGCCGAGCUCUCAGAUGCAGACAGAGAGACACACAGAACGCGUUUGCGGAGCACAAACCGUUAGACACUGAAGCACAAACCUACACAGUGUGAGACCCGCUCCAGCCUCCUCUUCAGAGAAGAGGCUUUUUCACUCGUCCUCAGGUUAUUUGGCACAGAAGAGAGACUGUUUGUGUGCUUGAGUGCGCGCGUGUGGGAGCGGUGGGGGGAGAGGCAGUGGGAUAUAGUCUCUCUUCGCACACAAGGGACCAAACCUUAUAUUGCUGAAUAAGCCCUUUUGGCAGAAACCUUUGAAAGACCUUUUUUUUCAGCUUCAUUGCCGAUGCUAUAGAUGAACAGAACGAACCAGCAUCGACUUGAAAGAGUAAAAAAAAAAAGUAAAACUUCCCCAAAGCUUUGUCUCCCAACUCAUUGGCCAUUAAUUGAUAUUGAGAGAGCAGGUCAUAGCAGAUCCAUCGAUUUAUCUGGAAGUGUGUACUGUGGAAAACAGCUCCACCAAGUUCCAGAGUUCAACCAGAGUUCCAGAGUUCAAAAGCACAACUCAAUAGUUCAGUUUUUUUAAAGCUGUGAAUUGUCAAAAAGCUGUCUGCAUAAUUGUAUGCAGCUCACUACAGGAGCAGUGACCCAUGCAAACUUUUUCAUACAUUUUUUCAUAAAUUUCAUUUCUGAGAGAUGGUUGUCUUCUGACAACAUUACGGACUGACUAAAGGUCACAUGCAGAGACCAUAGCUGAGUUGGGACACAUUUUAAUAUAUUGGCUUAAAUGUUUAAAAAGAUUUCUUGUCACUCAUAAAUGUACUGAAGCUAGAAAAGGUGUUUCAAAGGGUAUCCACACAGUGUGCAGCUCACCCAAUCACAACAGGCUUUCCAGCCACCCGAGAAUCACUGCCUUUUUAUAUCACAACUUCAAUCAGAUGUCUUGUCACUUUGACUGUUAAUCAUAAAAUCCUUUUUAAAAUACAUUUUUAAUGUCUUGCACAUUUAGGUAAAUGUUUCCCAGUGAAGAAAUUUAAAAUUUAAAAAGUCUAAAGCACAAACUGUUAGUAUAAAUUCCAAUAAAAUGUAUUGUGUUAAGGAGCACAUUAUCUGCAAACACUGCCAGCGGAGGGACCAAGCCGAGUACAUUUACAUUUACUUUGCAGUUGGCUUCCCUUGGCUUCUUACCUGCUUUCUGCAGACGACGAUUAGCACAAUGCUAGGGCUAAGGCAACAAAAGUAAAACAAGCACAGCUCCACUCUAGCACCACCAGUGGCAGGGAGGGGAAGUGCAAGUUGUGUGCAAGUCAGUUGUUUUCUUCCCAGAGUGUUCCCUGUUACACGAUGCCAGAACAUGUGACCACAGUAUCUUACGACUGUUCUUAGAGCCCCAAAAUGCUGCAGCGUUUAGAUCGCGACCUUUUGGGGGCAUCAGGAUGGUAGGACGCAGAGAGCUGCUUUGAACUCCGGACAUUGAAGUGAAGGACAAAUUCUCCGUCAGGUAGUUAAAUUCAUAUGCGCCCAUCGAGCCAGACAAGCACACAGCUAGACCAGUAGUUUGUAUCUCGCCUGCGUGUGAGCGUGCGUGUUGGUGUCCAAGCACACGUGUGUGUGUGGUGCGUGUGUGUGCUCACGCGCACUUGUGUGUGAGCAUGCGUGUUGGUGUACAAGCACACGUGUGUGUGUGUGGUGCGUGUGUGUGCUCACACGCGCUUGUGUGUGAGCAUGCGUGUUGGUGUACAAGCACACGUGUGUGUGUGUGGUGCGUGCUUGUGUGUGAGCAUGCGGGUAUGUAAAACAGCAUGAGUGGCUUGGGUGCGUGAUCUGUUUGUACUUUUCUUAAAAGGUUUAUUUUGUUUUACUGAAAAAAACUACCUUGCCUUGAAGAUGUUAGCUACGAACUGCAGUGGGUGUGACAGUAACAUAGACAGUGCUGAUUGCGUUAGCAGUAGCCUGAGUGGUAGAAUACUUACGCUUACUCAAAGAGACGUACUGAUAUAGAAAGGCCCUCCAGUCUCCAGGGGCCAUGUCCUCCGAGUCCACAGAGCUGCAAGAUCCCUUCUGCAGUCCUCCUGCACCGCGUGCUUCUGUUCGGCCAAUCAAAUGAAGCAGGUGGAUUCUGCGCCUACUUCACGUAACGUUUACACUCAACACAAAUCUGAAAACUCAUCGCAUACCCUACUGCAGCAGACGACAGGAGCAUUGGCUAAGGCCUGACCAAUCAGAUGGCUUCCUUGCUGUUUUUGAGUGGAUGCAGACAGGACAUAACACUAACAGGAGACUGGCUGUGGCCAGCAUGAAUUUUAAAAUGAUGUUUUUUUUUAGAUUUUUUUUUAGAUUGUUUGUUUGUUUGUUUGUUUUUUGCACCACUAUCUUAAUAAAGCAUGAUAUUAAAGUGCCUCCUUGCACUUUUGUGUAAAUAUUGUAGUUAGGUUUUUUUGGGGUGAAAUGGUGUGUAGAAAUAGUGUUUACUUGCUGUGGCUUUUUUUGUAAUCCUCUAGAAACGUAUGACCUAUGUUUGCUGUAAAAGAAAAUAGAUGAUAAAAAGAUAAGAACAUAUAAGAAUUUGCUCGUUUUUUCAUAACUGUUAACUAGUAGUCUUACAUAGCUGUUACACUUGCAUUAUAUGCGCAUCUAUUUUUUUGUAUCUAAUGUAAACAUUUCAGAUGUUUGUCCCAUGAAGAUUAAAGUCACCUGUGCAUUGUUACAUUGUACAUAAAUAUAUAUAUAAAUGCUCCAUUGAAAUGCAAUGCGGAAUGUUCCAGAGGUAAAGACGAUUCUCACUCGAACAAUGUCCUCAACUGGAAAGAAAAACGAAAGAAUCGGUUUCAACUUUGUGGCUGUGAAGAUGUCCAUUAGGGUGUCGUCAUGUUUCCUCGUUUGUGGAGUGUGGGUAUAAUUGUACCGUGUGACUAGGUUUACAGCAGAAGAGGAAAAAGUCAAAUUUAAUUUCCUGAAAAAACAAACGUAUUUAAAAACUUGAGAGCAACAAGCCAUUGACCAAGUGAAACUGGAGCAGCAAUAGUAAUGACCUACUGUAGGACCCCUGUUGCUCACUCACGUAGGCAUCUAUGCCAGUGCCUGUAUAAAAUGGCUCCUCAGGUGUACAGAUAGUGCCUGGUGCAGUCACUGCGUAUUCUGCCCAAGAAGUACAGUGACACAGUUCUCGACAGUAAUGCCAGUAAUUACCGAUUUCUGAUAUUUGCAUUUAUGUGUUAUCUUUGCAGGUCUAGAGAUGCACGUUUUAUCUUUUAUUUUGUCUCAAAAGAACACACCCUCGCUAGAUUCAGCAAAUCGUUGAUUUUCAUGACUCUCAAUUCCUCCAGUUUCAGACAGCAUCGUAAUUAUCUUCUUUCUUCCGAAUGUAGUUUUCUGCCAGACCAGGAGAAAAGUCUGAGUGCUCCUGUGUAUAGAUCAUUGUGCAAACCAGCUCCUAAAUGGUGCCAUGCCCACCGUUUCAUAAAGGCUUCAACAAGGCUCACUCUCAGACCCUCCACCACCGCACAACCGCAUGUUAAAUUUGGCUUUUUCCUUUCCUGAUUUUUCUAUAAAAAUGUCUGCGCACAUAUCUAAAAAGCCCAAUAAUGAUGAUAAGAACAAUAAAAGUAAAAACUGUAGGAGUAGACACAACAUUUCUAUGAUGAACCAGUCAAUGCUCAAGUCUUUAUUUUCUGCUGAUUUUCUCUUUUGAUGAGAUCCUCAUAUGUAGACAUGAUAACCAAUCUCACUUUCUACUUCCUGUCUGUUCUUCUGUGCUUUCUUUUUAGAGAGGCUUUCCUAGAAUCUUCUUCUAUAUGACCCUUGUAAUUUUGAACUAAAGGGAGAGAGUGUGUGUAAGAAAGUAUAAAAAUGAAGAAAAAUUCUAUUCUCUGCCAGACGUGGAAUAAAAAUUAUGUUCAUACAUAUCAAUAAGUGUUGCACCUUUGGUGUACAUACAAUUACGGAAACUAAUAAAUGUUGAUUCAUAACUAA